CAAGAAGAUGGCAGGAAUCCCUUACUGGAACGCGACUCGGCAGCAAUCUACCGUGCUCUGGCCAGGCUUCAUCUUUAUGAACGGAAGUACGAUAAGGCACUGAUGUUAUAUAUCACUUUAAAUGAUAAAAGUGUUUUUCAAAUCAUCGAAAAAUAUCAUCUUUUUGAUCUGGUGAAGGAUCAUCUAGCAAAACUAAUGAAUGUUGAUAAGGACUUAACAAUUCGACUGCUGAUUGAAAAUGCUGGAAGCCUGCCGGCAAGAACAGUCCUCACACAGAUCUCCAAGUACCCCAAGUUACAAUACCUCGUUUUGCGCUAUAAUGCGAGAAAAUCAUCGUUUUGGGUGGGAAAAAUUGCCGAAGAUUGA